AAAACCUCACUCACCAACUCACCUUUCAUUUCAUUUGAAUGGUCUAAAAUACCCUCUGGAUCAACGACUUCCAAUGUUUCUUCAAUCCAUUUUAGAACACCUUCCCAUAUUACAAAGCCUCAAAAUUGGCUUGUUACCCUUACGAAAAAUAGCAACAAAAUCAGCGAAAGAAGAGAAAGUAUAGCCUUUGGUCCAAUUUGUUCAUGGAGGACCAGCCAUCAUCAUCGGCAACAUCAAAGACUGCUGCCUUGGAUGUUCCCCUUCAUUCAAUUGGGUUUGAGAUUGAAAACUUAUCACCAGAGAGAGUUUCUGGCCGUCUCCAUGUUACACAGAAGUGCUGCCAGCCAUUUAAGGUGCUUCACGGAGGGGUAUCAGCAAUGAUAGCAGAGUCUCUGGCAAGCAUGGGAGCUCAUAUGGCUUCUGGUUAUCAAAGAGUGGCUGGAAUUCAACUUAGCAUCAACCAUUUGAAACGAGCAGAGAUGGGUGACUUGGUCCAUGCGGAAGCUACCCCUUUAAAUAUCGGCAGAACCAUUCAGGUGUGGGAGGUGAGAAUCUGGAAGAUUGAUCCAUCAAACUCACAAAAUAGAUCACUGGUAUCAUCUUCUCGGGUAACUCUAUUAAGUAACAUGCCUGUCCCAGAUCAUGCAAAAGAUGCUGGUGAAAAGCUAAAGAAGUAUGCAAAACUGUAAAUAUUUAAAGUUUUAUUUAAUGUAAAUUCAAAUUCUGCUUGAAUGGAGUUACAAUAACCCAAUGAUUCAGAUAUAUACAGAUCAAGAUUCUAAGACUUCAAUAUGUACACCACGACAGACUUCGUAGCUAAAAUGGAAG